AUCCCCGCGAUGUAAUAUCCAAAUUCCUGAGUGCUUGUUUUAACGAUCGUUACUUUUGUUUAAAUAAUGCGCUUGAGGAGCUUUUCUCCGCCAUUUAUAAAAUCGCUUUGCACCUGACAAAGUGGGGAAAGCGCGAUCGUCCUAUGUGUAGUGCUGCCAACAUUUAGAUGACAAAUGCCAGCAUUCUGGGAUUCUCGGAAUCCUGUUCCUCCUCUUCGUUUUGAGAAUCCUAUGCAGAGGAUCACUAUUAAGUGCAAUCUCACGAUUUUUGGUAAAAAUCCUUGGGAAUUGUGAAAAUAAAGGCGAAAAAACAUUUCUGAGAUUGCAAGAAUCAUAUUUAGCAAGCCAUGAAUUACAAGGAGUCCACGAAUACCAAGGUUCUUGGAAACAUUUCCCGUCAGAGUGGAUCCGGUUCCAGUGGUAACGCCCAGAACUUGCAUAAUCCCAAUGCUCCCAAUCCUCUCGACCCAAAGCAUCUGGAAGCUGAGUACAAGGAAAUUUGUACACGCAUCGGCAUGCAUGAGAGAUCCGCUGAACUUACAAGACAAACACCGCGCGAUGAAGUUACUGUUCCUACUAAACUAGCUCCCAUUAGAAAUCAUCUGUUAGAAUGUGUAAGGACUCUUGUGAGAGUGAACCAAAUAAUUCGGUCAGACUUGCACGAGCGCAAGAUGUUGAUGCUGGAGCUCGAUCAGAACCCUCCGACCAUCUCAGAACGCGAGGCUGAGUUCAAAAUCAAUGCUAUUAAGAUAAAAAACAUGCUGAAACGCAUGUAUGCUGUGGAGGCUGUGGACAUAGCAACAAUGGCAUAUAAAGAAGAAAGAUACAUUAUAACCGAAAUGGUUGCGUAUCGUAUUAAGCUCAAGAUUCGGGAAUUAGAGAAGAAAUAUCUUCAGCUAGAGAUGAAAUAUGUGGACGAGCGCAUUGCUGCUCUGCAGUUUGAAGCGGCGAAGAAAGCGGCCACUCAGGAAGAUUCUCCAGCCGCCAAGCCAGAGGAUGAAGACCUUGGUGAAGAUUGGUGUGUCUUGAACCACGAAGACUUUGCAGAGCAUCAAUAGGACCAUAAAGAGAUGAAGCCAAAAUAUCGAGAGAUAACGAUCAGAGUUGAUGCGAAUUUCAGGAAACAUUAAUUUUUUUUCAAUUUCCUCUUCAAACCACUAAUAAAUUGUAAUUCUGGUUUGAAAAUAAAGUGAAAACACAAAAAAUCGCUUGAAGCUGCUUCUUGUAACUGCAACG